AUGGAAGCCGAAGACAACGUUUGCGUUGUUUGCAGCGAUGAGAUGGUGAUACUAGCAAUUGGUGUGUGCGAUCACCCAAUUUGUUACAAGUGUUCAACGAGGCUGAGAGUUUUGUGUGUAGAGCACUAUUGUCCCACAUGUCGUACAGAUCUACCUCAGGUGGUGCUUGUCAGAAAAUUACAGAAAUUUGAGGACAUAAAAAAUAAGCAUCAAAUGCCAGCCAAUGCCAAAUACAAAAUGAUAUUUGAAGAUGCUGAUGUGGAGGCUAAAUUCAACAAUUUAAUUGCACACCACUGUCCAUUUUGUAAUGAAGGUGGACAAGAAGGAUUUUAUAAAUUUACUCUACUUAGGGCUCAUAUUAGGAAUGAGCAUAAAUUAUUCUAUUGUGAGUUAUGUGCAAAAAAUCUGAAGAUUUUCUCUUUUGAACGAAAACUGUACAGUCAAUUUGAACUUGGACGACAUCGCAAUGAAGGCGACCCUGAUGAUACAUCAUAUCGCGGACAUCCAAUGUGUAAGUUUUGUCGGCAACGCUAUAUGGACACAGAUGAACUGUACAAACAUCUUCGUAAGGACCAUCUUUUUUGCCACUUCUGUGAUGCUGAUGGCUAUGCUGAUCAAUAUUAUGAUAACUAUGCGGUGCUGAAGGAACAUUUCAGAAAGAAACAUUUCCUUUGUGAAGAACCUGAAUGCGCUCAAGCCCAGUUCACUCAUGCUUUUCGGACAGAAAUUGACCUGAAGAAGCACAUAGCCCAGGAACACGGCCAGACUCUUACCAAGGCCCAAGCCAGACAGGCGCGAACUAUUGAGUUAGAGUUUCCACUUGCACCUCGUGUCAGAGCUAGAGAUGUGUCUGGUGGCCAAAUGAUGUACAGGAAUGAAACCAGCAGAGGAAGAAUGUCUAAAAAUCAAAGAGGUAGAUUGUAUUUUGGAGAAAGGGAUGCUGAUCUGAAAAGAGCAAUCCAUGCCUCGUUGGAAGAUGAAAAUCAACGGCAAAAGCAAAUUUUGGAAUCUGAUGGUGCUCGGGGUGGAAGAAAUGAAAAACAAGAGAAAAAAGAUGAGAAAGCACCAACGUCUCCUAAACUGAAUCUAACUGAAGACUUUCCCAGCCUGACACCAGGAACAAGUGAAGCAAACACUUUCCAAACACAAUGGACAAAUCGUUCUAACACAAAUAUCCUGAUUAAUAAUGGAGACUUUCCUACACUGUCCUCUCUUAGUAUCCAGCCAUCAGUUCCUAAUAAUACUAGUUCAAGUACCAAAAAGCAAGGAACCAAAAAAUCUGAAGUAAAUUUGCAGAAACAGAACAAACCAAUUAUUUCUUUUGAGGAAGACUUUCCUGAAUUGGCAGCUCCAAAGAGAAGACCAAAUUCUGCCAACGUCUCCAUAGUUGUUUCCAAUGCUUGGAACAAGCAAUCAAAUCAGCAGCAGCAUACACCAUCCACAAAAGUUCAAUCACAGAAAAAGCAGCAGCAUCCACCACUGAAACAGCAGGUGCAAAAACCACAGCAUCAACAAUUAAUUACAAAUGAUAUUGACAAGCAGCAAGCUUUACUGCUGGCUUACCGCGACAGUUCUUUGCUUCAGAUUAACAUUACUCCCAAAAGUGCAUGGAGGUCAGUUGAGAAGAGCCUUCAAAGCUGCCCCGUUUGCCAACAAGUUUUGAUUAGAGCUGAUUACAAUGCCCACCGCUCUCUCUCGCAUCCUAAUUAUGAUUUCUCAACAGAUUCAUGGCCCAGUGGUAAAUUUCAAGAAUCCACAUGGAUUAAGGCAAAAUAG